AUGACAGAGACGCGUCGUUUACAACUCCAUCUGGGGAAGUGCAUAGAAGAUUUGGACAAAUUACACAAUGUACCUGAUUUAAAAUCGAAGAGAGCCACUAUGUUAUGCAAAACGGCACAAAAGCUCUUUGAGGCUGCUGAAGAGGCCCGGGAAAAGGGUGAUGAGGAAUAUUCUUAUGUACAAUAUAUGAAAUACCUUCGGAUAGUUGCAUAUAUUAGCAAAGAUAAGGACUAUUUGAAAGACAAAAAUUAUUUCAAUAAUAUGCUUGGUAUAAAAAAUCCAAACAAAGCCUUAGAUGCUGCUGAGAAGUUAAAAAAUAGUUUAAUUAUGAGAUACAAAAAAGAAGAAGAACAUCAACGCUUACAGGAUAUAAAAGAACAUGAAAUGAUUAAAAAGAAAAUCGAUGAAAACCGAAAGAAAGCUAUAGAAAAUAUUACUGUGAAUGAUCCACAACCUCUUGGACUUCCAGAUCCCGAUGAAGUGACAAUUAAAAGUGAACAGCUGUAUACAAUAUUGAAGAGCAGCAAAUUGAAAGUGAUGAUAAUGGAUGCACGUCCAGGGAAAGACUAUGUCGAAUCCCAUAUCAACCAUCCGGCUUGUAUCAGUGUGCCCGAAGAGUGUAUAUCGCCUGGACAGUCAGCGAAUGUUCUAGAAAACAAUCUACCGGCGGCCUCCCGACCGGUGUGGGCCGAGCGAGCCUCUAUGGACCUCAUAGUGAUGUUGGACUGGAGCAGCUCGGCUGUGAUACCUGGGAAGACGUUACAUUUGUUGAAGACUAUAUUGCUUAAGUGGGAUGUAAAAGUGCAAUAUUCAAGGCAACCCCUAGCUCUGUGCGGGGGGUACGAGGACUGGCUGCUGAAGUACCCAGCCUUCACGACCAACCCGCAGGCGGUGCCGCCGUCGCAGGAGAGCUCGCUAGAUGAUAUUAUGUUAGGUGGUAUAGAUUAUCCAAACUUUUCGGACCUGAGUCCUCCGCCCGUCUCCAGCAAUAGAGUGAACAAGCCCGUGGAGCCCAUGGUGGAUAGGAGUAGUAAAACUGCAGCGUUGCAGCUGUACGAAGAGAGAGCGAAAAGUAUGCAGAACAUUCUGGAUCAACAAGAACGUAUUGCGGAUACUUCACUCACACUCGAAAUGCAAAGGCUUGAAGCUGAACAGGACUGGGAGAAGGUGCGGCAGCAGCGCGAGUGCGAGCAGCGCGACGACAUGCGCGCCGUGUACCAGCUGCGCGAGCACGAGAUCAUCUCGCAGCUCAUGCAGCUCGAGAGCAAGCAGUACGACAUGGAACAAGAGAACUUAUCUCUCCGGGAGCAACUGGAGGAGUAUCAAAGAAGAGAGCGGGAAGAGGCGGAGAAGUUAGCAGAGAGUAUCUCUAAGACAACAGAGGAGUCUCUUCCCGAUGCGGACAUGCAGACGCUGGAGCGCGCCGGCGCGCGCGAGGCGGCGCGGGCGCGCGCGCGCAUCGCGGCCGUGCGCGCGCGCCGCGACCUGCUGGACCGCCAGCGCGAGGCGCUCGAGCUGCAGCGCAAGCGCCGCCUCGCCGACGCGCGCGCCGCCGCCAAGCCCGGGGACAAGGAAGAAGAUGGUGACACGUACAUGGGAUCUCCGUCAGACAGCCCCGGGGCCACCGGACUCAAUCGCUCCCAAUCGUCGCCCAAUAUAGCAAAGCUAUCAUCUGAUGAAGACGACGCGAACACGCCGGCCUUCGACCGUAGUACGAAACCGAACAAAAUGGCGCCCUCCAACGAGAUGCACCACAGGGACUUCCAGCCUGUGUGGGGCGAUGUGGGUUUUUUUUUAAAUAAUAACAAAGGGGCUUCCACCAUUCUACGUUACGAACAAAAAUGUAUACCGCUGGACGCGGCCAACAUGGUACUGAAGGUGAAGGUCAGACUCAAGUACUCACAAAAUCACAUCGUGUGGCUCUUCAAGCGAGGCCGUGGUCUCACAGGAUUAAAAAAUUUAGGGAAUACGUGUUAUAUGAACUCGAUCAUACAGUGCCUCAACAAUACGGCUAUACUCGUCACUUACUUCUGCAAUGGACAGUACCUCGAACAUGUUAACAGGUCGCAUAGCACGCGUGGUGCGAUAGCCGAAGAACUAGCGGCAGUGGUGCGAGCGCUGUGGUCGGGACAGUACAGAUUCAUCGCCGCUAAAGAUUUAAGAAACGAAGUGGGUAAACACCAGCGCGCGUUCCGCGGCAGCGAGCAGCAGGACUCGCACGAGUUCCUCACCAUUCUCAUGGACUGGCUGCAUCUAGAUCUGCAGUUCACAAUCAAACCACCACACAAGGAGAGCCUGGGCGCUUCGGAGCGCGCGUGGCACGAGUACACCAAGUCCAAGGAGAGCCUGGUGCUGCGCCUGUUCCACGGCCAGAUCCGGUCCACGGUGCGCUGCACGGUGUGCCGCGCCAGCUCGCCCACCUACGACUCCUUCUCCAACCUGUCGCUGGAGCUGCCCGCGCGCGCCGCGCGCUGCACGCUCGCGGACUGUCUAAAUCUUUACCUCAACGGUGAGACGAUACCGGGCUGGAAUUGUCCAACUUGCAAGGAAAAACGGGACGCUGUGAAGAAAUUGGACAUAUCUCGUCUACCACCAGUCUUAGUGAUACAUUUUAAACGAUUCUACGUCGACCCGAAGGAGUAUAUGUGUAACACGUACAGGAAAAAACAAACAUACAUCGAUUUUCCUUUAGAAGACCUUGACAUGAGGCAGUUCAGUUUGCACUGUCCCGGGAAUCCCCUGUACAAUUUGUAUGCGGUUUCCAACCACUAUGGGUCGAUGGAAGGCGGACAUUAUACGGCGUAUUGCAAAAGCAGUGUUUACGGAAAAUGGUACAAAUACGACGACCACCUCGUCACAGAGAUCCCGGCGAGCGAGGUGCGCUCGAGCGCCGCCUACAUACUGUUCUACACUUCUUGCACGCGCUCG